AUGACUAUAGCUACCAACCAGUACGAGGCUUCCGGCAGUAGAGAGGGCUCGAGCACAUCUACAGUAGCCGACAAUCAUGCAAAUACACUUGACGACAAAUACAACGGAAAUAUGCAGCAAUCCCUAGAGAAGGAAAACGAGCAAAAAGAUGAUCUCGAAAAAGAAUCUGGCAAAGAUUCGACCGCGGAUCAACAGGCCGACCCCGAAUACCCUGGACUACUCAAAGCCGUUUUGAUUGUCGUCUCGCUCUUCAUUACAGUUUUCUUAGUGGCACUAGAUCAGACCAUUAUUGGAACAGCCAUCCCCAAAAUCACUGAUCAGUUUCAUUCGGUCCAAGAUGUUGGAUGGUACGGCAGCGCGUACUUUUUGACGUCUACAGCACUGCAACCGACAUAUGGCCGUAUAUACAAAAUUCUGAAUGUAAAAUGGGCUUUCCUAGCCGCCAUUUUUGUUUUCGAGCUUGGCUCCCUGAUAUGUGGUGUCGCUCCCAACAGCUCAACUCUGAUCGGUGGUAGGGCUAUAGCUGGGUGUGGUGUUGCCGGAAUCUUCUCUGGAGCAUUGAUCAUUCUCAGUUUCUCUAUUCCCCUUCGGCAACGACCGAUGGUAUUCGGUCUUUUUGGUGCAGUUUGGGGCGUGGCAUCUGUUGUUGGACCCCUACUGGGCGGAGCAUUUACUGAUCAUAUUACAUGGAGGUGGUGCUUUUACAUCAAUUUACCAAUCGGAGGCGUUGCCGCGGUCAUUGUCAUAUUGAUCCUUCACCUUCCUGCCAAAAAGAAUGACAAUAAUCAAACUUGGUCACAGAAAAUAGUGGAGCUUGAUCUCAUCGGCGCAGCACUCAUCAUUCCCGCCGUUGUCUGUCUCUUGCUAGCGCUUCAAUGGGGUGGUAACAAAUAUGCAUGGAACAACUCGCGAAUAAUCGGGCUCUUCAUUGGAUUUGGUUUGAUCGCAAUCUUAUUUAUAAUCUCCCAAUGGAGGCUUGGCGAUCGAGCGACAUUACCACCUAGGAUUCUCCGAAAGCGGACUGUGUGGUCAGUGUCGGUCUUUGCGGUCUGCUUCGGAGGGGCAUUCUUUCUCUUCAUGUACUAUCUACCAAUAUACUUCCAAUCGGUCAAGAACCACUCGGCCACCAAAUCAGGCAUCGACUUGCUGCCUAUCCUGCUUGCUACGGUGAUAUCGUCCGUGUUCUUCGGCGGUCUAAUCACCGCCGUGGGCUAUUACACGCCAUUCUUAAUACUCAGCACCGCACUUUUCUGUAUCGGAAGUGGACUUUUGACGACAUACAGUACAAACAUAUCCACGGCGAGAUGGAUUGGAUAUCAAAUUCUUGCUGGAAGCGGUGUCGGGGCAGGAUUUCAAGUUCCCAUGACUGCUGUGCAAACAAUCUUAUCUCAGGAAGAUAUACCUAUUGGAUCUGCAACAGUGAUGUUCUUUCAGAAUUUGGGGGGUGCUUUGUUCAUUUCGGUCGGCCAGUCUGUUUUCCAAAAUGGCAUUACUAGCUAUAUGCAAUCGCACGUUAAGGAUAUUGAGCCUAGUGUGAUCAUUGAUGCAGGAGCAACCGCGCUAAGAGAAGUCCUUUCUCAAAUGGGAAAACUCAACGAGUUGCCGGCUGUUGUCGAGGCUUAUAUGACGGGCUUAGUGAAUGCUUAUCGGGUCAGUCUGGCUUUGACAUGCCUUGCGUUCGUUGCCACUCUUUUUGUGGAGUGGAAGAGCGUGAAGGGAAACAAAAAAGAGGGAGCUGAGCCAGCGAUGGCUGUUUAG